AUGGCAGGUUCUCAGCUCGAACAGUUGAAGGCUGCCCUUAAAUCCAAAGGCCUCGUAGGGCAGACGAAUGUGAAGAAGAAGAACAAAAAAGCAGCCCCUUCUGAGACAAGAAAGGAUCAGGAAGAGAAGAAGAGGGCCCUUGGAAAGAUCCAUGACGAGUUCAACCUUUUCGAUAACCGCAUCAACAGAGCAAAGCAUGACUAUACAAUUAUCCAGGGCGGCAAGUUUGUCAAGGCCGGCUCGAGGCAGCAUAACGAUACUGCCAAGUCCAGGUCUGGAGUUGAGCAGGCCAUGAAGUUGAACUACGACGCUGACAAGAAGCUUCGAAACCGUGCUGGUGGCCUUGUUGAUCGCAGAUUCGGUGAAAAGAACAAGAACUUGACCGAAGAAGAGAAGAUGUUGGAGAGAUUCACCAAAGAAAGGCAAAGUUCGUCUAAGAAGAACGUAUUCUCCUUGGGAAGCGACGACGAGUACGAUGACGACGAUGAUCUCGCCCUCACACAUUCCGGUAAAGCCAUUUCGUUCGAGCAGGACUUCGACGAGGGCGACUUGGGUGUUCCUGAGAAGAGGUAUGUCGAUGAGGACAGUGAGCAGCCGCCUAAGAAGAAGUCCAAGAAGGACGUCAUGGCCGAGAUCAUCGCCAAAUCCAAGUUCUACAAGAAGCAAAGACAAAUGGAGUUUCAGAAGACGCAGGAUGAGAUCAUGGACUUGGACGACGAGUUUGGUGAUAUCAUUGGCGACUUGCAUAAGCUGACGCCCAAGGGCAAUGCCUUCAAGCCAAAGUCACAGGAAGACAUCGAGUACGAUAAUAAGGUCAGAGAGUUGACGUACGACAGAAGAGCAGUCCCAGCAGACAGAACCAAGACUGCUGAGGAGCUUGCAGCUGAGCAUAGCGAAAAGAUGAAGAAGCUUGAGGCAGACAGGUUGAAGAGAAUGGAUGGCUUGAACGAAGACAGAGCUGCUGAUGCCGAUGACUUGGAUGAUGAUUUCUGGGAGAAUGACAGUGAGAAGGAAGAUGAGGAAGAAGCUAGUGGCAGCGAGAGCGAGUCUGAAGAAUCGGAGUCUGAAAGACGUCAAAGAAAGGCUCCAUCUGUUAGCAUGCCUCCUGGCCACCCUCAAUUUGCCGAAAAUGUCAAGAACAUGAAGGGAGAUCAGGUCAUUGAGCACAUCAAGAAGAUCAGCGAAGUGUACCAUCCACGUCUUGCCGAGGGCAAUAAAGAGAAGAUGGACAACUUUGUGGGUAUCAUCUUUGAGCACAUUUUGCAUAUCUCCAACGAGGAAGUGGUGGAUUCCAAGCUAGUGGACGACUUGACCAAGCUUCUCAGGACUAUGGCCGAAAAGUAUAACCAAGCAUUGGUUGAGACUGUCAGACUGACCAUCGAUGAUAUCAAAGAGAGAGUUCUCAAGAACGAACUUCGGAAAGGUGACCUCGUCUGCUUUGUCGUUCUCGGCUAUCUCUUUUCGGCUUCCGACCACUACCACCUUGUCAUUACCCCUGCAUUGAUCGUCAUGAACCAAUUCCUCAACAACGAGAUUGGUCAAACUAACGUCGACAACAUCGGCAAAGGAUUGUUUUUCUGCGACGUCCUUUUACAAUACCAGUCAUUUGCCAAGCGUUACGACCCUGAGAUUGUGAUGUUUUUGGAGAGAGCUCUCCUUUUCCUUCUCCCUGAACCCAAAAAGCUCGUGGAAACGCUUUCCGCCAGAAAGGUUGACGGUAAGACGAACCUCAGCAAAAAGUUUCAUCCCAAAUCCUCACCCGAGCGCCUCCAGGUUCUGGAAAUCUUCAAAUCUCCAACGGACGAGAUGAAGUUCCACUUGAUUGGCCGUGCAUUUGCCAUCAUUGACCGUCUCAUGAACCUCUGGAAAGAGAAGUCUGCAUUUUUGGAGGUUUUGCGUCCUCUCGUGCACAUCACGAAACAUGCAUCGAGAUACUACAGCAGCCAGCUUCCGCAGUUGCAGAACAUGCUUGAGAGAAUGGGCAAGCUUGAAACCAACCUCAGCAAGAGCCGUAAGCCAUUGACGUUGCAGGAGCACAGACAAUUGGCCAUCAAGACGUUUGCACCUAAGUUCGAGGAGAACUUCAACCCCGACAAGAAGCUGUACGACGAAAACAGAGACAGACAAGAGUUGAACAAGAUGAAGGCGCAGAUCAAGAAGGAGAAGAAGGGUGCGCUCAAGGAUCUCCGGAAGCAGACCAGAUUCACUGCCAGACAGCAGAUCAGCGAGAAGAAGGACAUGUACUCCACCUACCACAAGAAGAUGGCCAACAUUGUCAACACCAUCUCGACGGAAGAGGGUGCCGAACGGAAUCUGUACGAAAGAGAGCGCAAGAAGCGUGCCAACCAGAAAUAG